AUGGCAUUGACGAACGUAUAUGAAAAAUCUUAUUUGACAACUCGUCGUGUAAACAAUGAUAAUGAAAUAUAUACAUUGGUACUUUUCAAAUCUGAUAAUACAUUUAUAAUAAAAAGGAAAUCAAAUCUUCAUGGUGCUAAUGAUAAUGGUCUAGUGACUAUCAAAGAUCGUGGUAAAACUUAUGUUGGCUAUUGUUUGUUGGAAGGCUCUUUGACUGAAGUAGAAGCGGCUGCUGAGCGGUUAGAUAAACAAAUGAAUAGUGAUCUUGAAUCUGAUUGUGAAACUCUAAAAAGUAGCUCCAAAUUAAAUGUACAACGAUCACAACAAAUUACGACAUCAGCACCAUCAUCCAAUUCAAGUAUUCAAAUUAGCGAUUGUACACCCUCAACAGUACGAUCAUUGGCUAACACGCGUCUUGAUUGCACAUCGAAAAAUUAUGGAACUCCACCACCCACAGAUGUAGCUGUUCAUAGCAAAGCUAUGCGAGGAACAUCGCCGAAACGAGCAAAUGGCGUUGCUGCUUAUCAAGCAUUACGUGAAGUUCAAUAUAUGGUGAAAAAUAAAGAGAAUGAACGUCAAACUCGAAAGUCAUUAACAUUUGAUGACGAUCUUAGUGAAGGUGACAGUGAUGAUGAUAAAUCAAGUGAAGAAGUUAUUGAUUUAGACAAUUCAUCAUUGCCGAUAUCAGUAACAACUGAUAAAAACAAUACUCGACCAUCUAAACGACCUUUAUCAAAUUCAUUCAACAAAACAGCUCGUGAAAAAUCUUCUAAACGAAUAUGUAAUAAAUUGUUUCCAUUAGAGGAUGGUGGAAAUAAAGAAAUAGUAAUGCUAUUAAAAGCAUCAUUAUCAUUGAAUCAAGAUGUAAUAAAAUCUGUGGAUCAAUCAUCAAAAGAUAUAAAACACAUGCUGAUCAAUGUGUCUUUGAAUGGUACUCAUUUUGGUGGAGAAGUUCAAUCCGAGAUCGAAGCGUCGUUUCAAUCUACAUUAAUUUAUAAAAAUCAAAAUGGAGAAAAUAUUGAUUUAAUUCAAUUAUAUGGUGUUAGAACUCAAUUGGGUCGUUUUGCAACACUAUUAAUGGAUCAGUUAUUUACAAAAGAAGAGUUAGUAUCCAUUAGCAAAGAUGAAUUGAUAAAAGACGGGCGUUAUCAAAUUAUUAAAGAAGCUGUGCGAUCGAAAUUUCAGUUGAACAUUGAAAUGUUAAACUUGGAAUGGCCGAACUUGCAUGAGAGUAUUCUUCAGAAGCGACGAAAUGAAAUUAAAAAAAGUAGAACAAGUAUUAACAGCAUCAAGCCAAUUGAUUCGCCAUUACAAGAAACAGUAGAAGAACAUGUUGAUGAAACAGACACGUUUUAA